UUGGUUUUCACCUUAGACCAACCAGCUUAACAACAAGAUUUUUGGGCAAGAUUCAGCAGAUAUUCAGAGCGAGUGAAAAUGUCACUGCUUAGGCUUUUCUAUGGUCAUCUCAUAUUGACGUUGUCUGUAUUAAUUGGAGCUGAAACAGCUAAUGUAUAUUACAGAUACACUUGGAUACAAUGCAUCUCCAGCUCUAAAAAUCUUAGUGACAUGGUGUUUAUUGAGAGCCUUUAUUUCAAUAAAUAUCUAUUUACACAGUUUAAUAGUAAUAUUGGAAAGUAUGUGGGGUUUAGUGAGUACGGCAUUAGAAAUGCAGAAUUUAGGAACAAUGACACCAAUUUACUGCUUAAAAAAAAAGCUGCGGUGAACAAAGUCUGCAAAAAUAAUGCUAUCAACCAUGACAAAUUUAUUCGCAAUAAAGCAGUGAAACCAAAGGUUAAGCUCACUUUAGUGAAGCCAGCUGGUGGAAGACAUCCUGCAGUUUUGAUGUGCAGCGCGUAUGAAUUUUAUCCUCCACACAUCAGAGUGUACUGGCUGAGAAAUGGUGAAGUGAUAACCUCUGAUGUGACAUCAACUAUGGAGAUGGCUGAUGGAGACUGGUAUUACCAGAUUCACUCUGAGCUGGAGUACAGCCCAAAAUCUGGAGAAAGGAUCUCAUGUGGGAUUGAACAUGCCAGCUCUAAUAAACCCAUCAUUACAGAGUGGGAUUCAUCUCGUCCUGCGUCUGAGAGGAAUAAAAUCGCCAUUGGGGCAUCUGGUGUAGUUCUGGGAAUCAUCAUCCCAGCUAUAUGUUUUAUUUACUACAAGAAAACUGCAGAAGCAGUUUUGUGAUGCUACAACUAUGAGUGGAUAUCUUGCCUGACAGAAAACGGCAAAGAAACACCUCAUUGCUGAGUACUAUAUAAAUAAUAACUGUGCGGUAAUUCAUUUUUACAAUACACUACACUCUCUCCAAGAAGGCCCAAACUCAAUUAGCAAAGACUUUGUUCAGUGAUCCCUAACAUGCAUUUAGCAAGGGUGGAAAUGGGAUGCUGCUGUUUUAGCUAACAAAUUUAAGCAUUAUAAACAUAAUAUUAUGAACUUUGCACUGAUUUGCUUUGAUGUCAUGAUUAUUUAAUUGUUGUAAAACCAAUGUUCUUUAUGUUUAUUAUAAUCAUUCUGGUGCAGGGAAAACUAUUUACAAUGUUUUAAUUAAAACAAUAUAAUAAUUU